AUGGACUUCGCAUACCUAGAGACGCUACCAUCCCCAAGGCUCCUCGCCACCCAUUUGCCCCUUUCGUUGUUUCCAAAGUCCAUAACUAGUGGUUGUGGUUGUCGGGUUGUGUACAUCUGUCGAGACCCUAAGGAUGCAUUCGUGUCUCGGUGGUGCUAUGAUAAUAAGGUUCAUAGAGGACGUAGUGUUGAUUUGAAAACAGCUUUCAACAUGUUAUCCGAAGGUUUCUCUGGCUAUGGGCCUUUUUGGGAUCAUUGUCUUGAGUACUGGAGGGAGAGCAUUGCGAUGCCCGAUAGGGCACUCUUCUUAAAGUAUGAAGAAAUGCUGUCAGAUCCUGUGAAAUAUGUCAUGAAGAUCGCAGCAUUCAUUGGUGUCCCAUUUUGUACCAAGGAAGAAGAGGACGGGGUACCUGAGGAGAUGGUUAGGUUGUGCAACUUUGAGAUGCUUAGUAGCCUGUAUGUCAACAAAACAGGAGAGUUCUUUAGACACGGCAACAUGGUUAUUGAGAAUUCAGCAUACUUUAGGAAAGGAAAGGUGGGUGAUUGGGGAGGAAGUUAG